AUGCUUAACAAGUUUAAUAUUUUAAGUUUAUUGUUUGUUUUAUAUAUUGUUCAUGCUGAUGAUACUACGGUAAAUGCUAGUUAUUUUUAAUAUUCAAAAUUUAAAAAAAUCGAAUUGUUAUUAUUUUAUGUAUAAUAUUUUAUCGUAUUUCUUCCAAUAUUUUUGUAGGUAUGCAACAGAGCUGACUGUAACAACCAUGGUGAAUGUGUUGGACUCAAAAAAGCACCAAUCUGUUUUUGUGACACUGGAUAUUAUGGUUUAAAAUGUGAAAACGGUGAGAAAUUUAUAGUUUUUAUGAAGCACAUAUCACCUCUUUAUAGUUUUUAUAUUGACAUGAUAUCUAUCCAUAAUUUACUUCACUAAUGUCCAUUGCUAUAUAUAUAAUCUAUAAACCGUUCUACAGAACCCUGUGACAGUAAAAAAGUCUGCAACAACCAUGGAAUGUGUUUUGGUAGCUCCAAGAAGUACUCCUGCUUGUGUAGUCCCGGCUACAUUGGCGCCAACUGCUCCAAAGACUCAAAGAAGCCGAACAAGAAGCAGAAAACAAUCUUCACGGAUCCCUGUAGCCCAGAAGACUGUAGCAACCGUGGUCUCUGUGUGGGCACCAAGUCCAGUCCAACUUGUUUGUGUUACCUCGGCUUCAGUGGUCCCAAGUGUCAGACGGCUGUCAUUGAAACCCGUAAGUUGGCUGAGGCCUUGGAUCGGCUUCUAAACGCCACGAUAGAGAAUGACAAAGGCUGGCUAGCCGAAAUGUUAAGCCAAUUAAAAGAAAAUGAUUUUGAAGAUACGAAUAGUGUUAGCUAACUUGUUAAUCAAUAAAUUUUAAUUGUUUUUGGCAUUAUAUAGCUUUAUCCUAAUUUGGCAAUUUGCUUUAAUGUAAAGUGUUCAACUAAAAUAUAAUUACGUUGUUCAAAUAAUCCUGUGCCCUCUAACCCCGAAAAAUUGCUUUAAAAAGAGCACAGAAUUAGUUGAACCACCUUAUAAAAAGCUUAUCAUCAAAUACAUUACCUUAUCAUUAAAAUUUCAGUUGAUGCUCAGAAAGGAUCGUUCAAUCCUCUUACAUUGUGCUCAUCUUCCGACUGCAACAACAAUGGAAUAUGUCUGGGAUCAAAGAACAAGUUCGUAUGUAUGUGUAACCUGGGCUUCAGUGGUAAAAAGUGUGAAGAAAGUAAGGUCUUACUACAUAUUAUACUUGCCACAUCAGGUUAAAAAAAACUUUUUUUGUUAAAACUUUCGAAACAACUCUAAAAUAAAAAAAAAGAAACAGAGCAAACCAUGGACAGUUACAGUAUAUUAUAAUAUAAUACUAACCAUAAAAUAACAUUCUAACUACAAGAUACCAUUCUAACUGAACAUGCCAUUAUAUUUCAGCAUGGUACCCUCUAUGUGACGCUAGUGAUUGUAACAACCAUGGGCUAUGUGUAGGUACAAAGAAGAGCUAUGUCUGUGCAUGUCAUUUGGGUUACGGUGGUAGAAAUUGUGAGAAAGGUACGUUAAACCUUUUUUUUCACGACAAUACUCGUCCUAUAGUAACAUUAAUGUUAUUAAACCUAAAAUAUCCUCAAUACAUCAACCUUAAUACUCAGUAAAUAUCAAUCCUUAUAUCUAGUAGUUGGCACCUUGUGUGACGCCUCCGACUGUAACAACAAUGGUAUGUGUGUUGGAGUAAAAGGAGCUGAAACCUGUAUAUGUAGUCUGGGCUACUAUGGUCCACGAUGCGAGAAGCUUCUGGGUAGUGGUAAUGGCAUCUUACCCUCAACUCCACUUGACAUCUGCACUAUAAAUGACUGUAACAACAAUGGGUUGUGUAUUGGUACACGGUCAUUACCUAUUUGUCUCUGUAACCUCGGAUUCUUGGGGUUACGGUGUGAAAUGGGUAUGUUAAACCAAUAAAAAUUUUAAAUUUAAUUUAAAAAAAAAAUGAGUAUAUAGUAAAAGGAGCAAUCAUAUUGUUGUAGAGCCACCGUGCAACUCUUUGUUACAAUGUUCUGGCAAUGGACUCUGUCUAGGAACACUCAAACGUUACUCUUGUGCUUGUAACAUCGGCUUCUCAGGUGGAAGUUGUCAAAACUUCAUCGAAAAAUAA